AUGACCUCACAGGCCAAUCACGCCCUGCUCGUGGCCGGCGCCGUUUCUUACGAUUAUCUCAUAUAUCCGACAUCGGUUCGGAAAGGAUCGUCUAAGCCACUCGUAAAUGAUGCGGAGCAGGACUCGCAGCUGACAGUGUGUGCUGGAGGCGCAUAUCUGGUGGCUGAGUUGCUCACCGCUGCCAGUCCGCAAUGGGACUACGAAGUCUUUCCACCCAAGAUCGAGCCAUCCGCAUCUGAUAGCCACCAUGUCCCUUCCUCUGUUAUAGAUCUGCACAGUCCGGUACCUUCAUCUGCAGCCUUUCAAUCGCUCCGCGUUGCCAGAAGGCGAAAUAUCGAUCAACCGCAGGUCUGGCACGCUCCGGGCAUACCCAGUCUUGGCUCACGAGGAAGUACCGCCAUCAUCUGCGGCUCGGGUGAUGCACUUGCGAACGUGCAACCAGCUCUAGAUUUCUUGCAGAAGGUCAAACCGCAAUAUAUUAUACAUCAUAUGACCCGACCACUCGCCAAGGGACCACUUUGGGAUAUCAUUCGCAACGGGCCUCCCAAUCACGACGGUGUUCCACAGCUGGAUAACCUCGCUGUCAUUGUUGACGCGGACGAUUUACGCGCCGAGGGAAUCUCCUUAAGCCGGGCGCUUUCUUGGGAGAAGGUAGCUGAAGACUUUGUCCGUAAUCUGGGAUCGAAUGGCCGCCUGGACACAUUAGUGACUUGUCCAAACUUGAUUGUACGCUUCGGAAACGAGGGCGUGAUUCAUCAUCGCGGACGCGACGCAACCAACCCUAAGCUGUACUUCGAGCCCAGAGGUGUAGAAAUGGACGACGGUGCCACAGCCGCUGGCGGUUGUAUGGUCGGACUUGCUUCUGCCUUUACUGCUGGGUUUGCUAUGGGCUUUCCAGCUUCCUCACCCCCGAACAUCGACAAGAGUAUUCGACUAGGCUUAUCUGCCGCCCGCGAAAUGGAGAAGACUGGGUUUGUUUCAAAGCCUGACGACUCCGCCCCAAGAUAUCCUAUCGAUGAGACAGUAUCCGCUCAUAAGGUUGGGAACGUCAUCUCUGUCGCGACCAUCCCUUCGGCGCAGAUCAGUUCCCGUGAUGGCGAAAGUUGGAAUAUUUUCAAUGUGCUUACCGGAGAUCCAGCCGAGACAGCCCGGCGAAUCGUCACAGAGGGCCCAGAUAAUCCCUUGGCAAAAUGCCCUGUUCAGCAAUUCGGGGACUUGCUUAGCGUCGAGCGAAAUGAACAGGAAAGUCUUCGCGGCGUAAUUGACGCGGUACAAGCAAGGAUGCAACUUGACAUCAAAACGCCAACUUCCAUCGGCGUCAUGGGCCCACCUGGGGCGGGCAAGAAGUUUGUUGCUUCUAAUAUUGCAAAGCAUCUCGCAAAGCAUCUUCCCGACUCUUCCAACGUGAAGAUAUUACGCUUCAAUUCUCAACUCGUGCGCCUGGAGGACAUUACAGCUCUAUGUCAUGAGGUCCGUGACCACACUGUUCAAGGUUUCACUACCGUGGUCAUUUUCGAGAAUUCCGAGGCCCUCAUGGAUUCCAACGAUCGGAAGUCGAAAGAGCUCCUCGUCAUGAUGCAGGAUGGUCAAUACAUCGACCAAGGACACACUCAUGCGAUUGGACGCCCUUUACUUCUUUUCCUGGUCAACACAGAUAGUCCCACACUGGAUAAUCUGCAAACGCCUGUCGUAAGAGAGAUUAAAGAACGUCGAUCCGAUGAUGUCAACCUUCUCGAAAAUCUUCACUGCGCCAUACAAAUUGCCGGGCCCAACCAGACCAACCUCCAGGACAAAUGGUUUCCCGUGCGCAGAGCUAUGAUGCUACGAAAUAUGCUUGUUAGCGACUUCCCCCACUUGAAAAACCACGAUGGUUCUAUCAAGGUCGACGACGCGGUCCUCCAUGCGUUGCUCCAUGUACCGACUUACAAGCAUGGCCUGAGGUCGCUGAGCAAGAUGUUGAGUACAAGUCGAUUGACGGACCGCAAACGCACCAAGUUCGACAUAUCUGCACUCCCACCAGAGGAGCAGAUCCAAAACCACGUUGACGGUCGAAUUUUCAUGAGCUACUUGCGCUCGCCCAAGCUACCUGCGUCACUCCGAGAAAAGCUCGCUCAAGAGCUUUUCGCCACGUACAAGAAGAAAAGAGUUGCCAUGGCACAGACUGAAGAAAAGCGCAGGGAGCUAGAGACUGAUCCCUCCAUGUACGACUGGCCCGAGCUUGCUGCGCACUUGAAGGAAUCUACCCGAGCCCAAGCAGAUGACAUCCCUCGCAAGCUACGAGCUGUGAAUUGCUUCAUGGUGGACACAGAUCGAGACGAAGUCUUCACCCGCGUUCAUGAAUUCACAUCAUCAGAGCUGGAUAUGCUCUCUGAAAUGGAACACGAGCGUUUCAACGCGGAGCGUUUACAGCGUCAAUGGAAGAUGGGCGCGCGUGACUCGGACCAGAAGCGUACGCCUUUCUUAGUGCCAUGGGAGGAGUUGUCGGCAGAAUGGCGGGAUGUCGACAGGGUCAUGGUGGAGUGCGUGCCGCGAGCACUGGCUCGGAAUGAUUGGAAGAUCUAUAGGAACUCCUGA